UGCAUUGCCUGGAGAUGACCACCAAACGGAAACUCAUCGGCCGUCUGGUGCCGUGCCGAUGUUUCCGAGGUGAAGAAGAAAUCAUCUCAGUUUUAGAUUACUCCCACUGCAGCCUUCAGCAGGUGCCAAAAGAAGUCUUUAACUUCGAACGGACAUUAGAGGAGCUUUAUCUAGAUGCCAAUCAAAUUGAAGAGCUACCCAAGCAAUUGUUCAACUGUCAAGCUCUACGAAAACUAAGUAUUCCUGACAAUGACCUUUCAAGUCUGCCAACCACCAUUGCUAGUUUAGUUAACCUUAAAGAACUCGACAUCAGUAAAAAUGGUGUACAAGAUUUUCCAGAGAGCAUAAAGUGCUGUAAGUGUUUAACAAUUAUUGAAGCCAGUGUCAAUCCCAUUUCUAAACUCCCUGAUGGCUUCACACAGCUUCUAAACCUGACCCAGCUCUAUCUGAAUGACGCCUUUCUUGAAUUUCUUCCAGCCAAUUUUGGAAGACUUGUCAAAUUACGGAUCUUGGAGUUAAGAGAAAAUCACCUGAAAACUCUACCAAAGUCAAUGCACAAACUGGCCCAGCUGGAAAGACUUGACCUAGGAAAUAAUGAAUUCAGUGAGCUGCCUGAAGUUCUGGAUCAAAUACAAAAUUUAAGGGAGUUGUGGAUGGAUAAUAAUGCAUUGCAAGUGCUACCUGGGUCUAUAGGGAAGUUAAAGAUGUUGGUGUACCUGGAUAUGUCAAAAAACAGAAUAGAAACAGUGGACAUGGACAUUUCCGGAUGUGAAGCCCUUGAGGACCUCUUACUGUCAUCCAAUAUGUUGCAACAGUUGCCGGACUCUAUAGGACUGUUGAAAAAACUAACUACUCUGAAAGUGGAUGACAAUCAACUUACAAUGUUACCCAAUACAAUCGGAAAUUUAUCUUUAUUAGAAGAAUUUGACUGUAGCUGUAAUGAACUGGAGUCACUACCUCCUACUGUUGGCUACCUUCAUAGUCUUCGAACAUUAGCAGUCGAUGAGAAUUUUCUUCCAGAAUUACCCAGAGAAAUUGGAAGCUGUAAGAAUGUAACAGUUAUGUCUCUACGCUCCAAUAAACUGGAAUUUCUUCCUGAAGAGAUUGGACAGAUGCAGAAACUAAGAGUCUUAAAUUUGAGUGACAACAGCUUGUCCAAAGCCCUUAUCCCUUUACAAACUGAAGCCCAUCCAGAAACAAAGCAAAGAGUAUUGACUAACUACAUGUUUCCCCAGCAACCUCGUGGUGAUGAAGAUUUCCAGUCAGACAGUGACAGCUUUAACCCGACACUGUGGGAAGAGCAGAGACAGCAACGCAUGACUGUUGCCUUUGAAUUUGAAGACAAAAAGGAAGAUGACGAUAAUGCUGGGAAAGUUAAGGAUCACUCCUGCCAAGCCCCCUGGGAAAGGGGCCAGCGUGGGAUUACUCUCCAACCUGCCAGACUGUCUGGCGAUUGCUGCACACCAUGGGCCAGGUGUGAUCAGCAGAUCCAAGAUAUGCCCGUCCCCCAGAAUGACCCACAGCUGGCAUGGGGUUGUAUAAGUGGCCUCCAGCAGGAAAGGAGCAUGUGCACUCCAUUGCCAGUUGCAGCACAAUCCACCACUCUUCCCUCUCUAAGUGGCAGACAGGUUGAAAUAAACCUAAAACGAUAUCCAACUCCUUACCCAGAGGAUUUAAAGAAUAUGGUAAAAUCUGUUCAAAAUCUGGUGGGUAAGCCAAGCCAUGGAGUGCGUAUUGAGAAUUCAAAUCCAACUGCUAACACGGAGCAAACUGUGAAAGAAAAAUAUGAACACAAGUGGCCUGUAGCCCCAAAGGAGAUUACAAUGGAGGAUUCUUUUGUUCAUCCAGCUAAUGAUAUGAGGAUUGGGGAGCUUCACCCUUCAUUAGCUGAGACCCCUCUGUACCCACCCAAACUUGUUCUGCUAGGGAAGGACAAAAAAGAAUCAACUGAUGAGUCUGAAGUUGACAAAACUCACUGUCUGAAUAACAGUGUUUCCUCAGGCACUUACUCAGACUACUCGCCUUCCCAGGCCUCCUCAGGAUCCUCUAACGCCCGGGUUAAAGUGGGGUCCUUGCAGACAACAGCUAAAGAUGCAGUACAUAGUUCUUUGUGGGGUAACAGGAUUACACAACCUUUCCCACAACCUCUUGAUUCAAAGCCAUUACUCAGCCAGCGGGAGGCUGUUCCCCCAGGGAAUCUACCACAGCGCCCUGACCGGCUGCCAAUGAGUGACACCUUCACUGACAACUGGACUGAUGGCUCACAUUAUGAUAACACAGGGUUUGUUGGCGAGGAAACCACAGGCGAGAAUGCCAACAGCAAUCCUCUCUUAGGUUCCAAAUCUAGAAACCCACCUGCUCAUGGACGCAGGCCUUUGAUCAGGCAGGACAGGAUUGUCGGCGUUCCCCUGGAGCUUGAGCAGUCUGCAAACAGACACACGCCGGAAACAGAAGUGCCUCCUUCCAAUCCUUGGCAGAAUUGGACCAGGACUCCUAGCCCUUUUGAAGACAGGACCGCUUUCCCUUCCAAGUUAGAGACCACCCCCACCACCAGCCCAUUGCCUGAAAGGAAAGAACAUAUGAAAGACUCCGUUGACAUACCUAGUCCUUUUUCUCCAGGACUACCAUGGGAGUAUCACGAUUCCAAUCCCAACAGGAGUCUUGGCAACGUCUUCUCGCAAAUCCACUGCCGUCCGGAAUCUUCUAAAGGCAUUCCCAUCAGCAAAAGCACAGAGAGGCUGUCCCCACUCAUGAAAGACAUCAAGUCCAACAAAUUCAAAAAGUCACAGAGUAUCGAUGAAAUUGACAUUGGCACCUACAAGGUUUAUAACAUCCCCCUGGAAAACUAUGCUUCUGGAAGUGAUCACUUAGGGAGCCACGAGCGACCGGAUAAGCUGUUGGGGCCCGAGCACGGCAUGUCCAGCAUGUCUCGCAGCCAGUCGGUCCCGAUGCUGGACGACGAGAUGCUCACGUAUGGAGGCAGUAAAGGGCCCCAACCACAGAAAGCGUCCAUGACCAAGAAAGUCUACCAGUUCGACCAAAGCUUCAAUCCCCAAGGAGCCGUGGAAGUGAAAGCCGACAAGAGGAUGCCGCCCCCUUUUCAACACAACUCCGAAUACAUGCAGCCGCCCGGCAAGAGCCUCGCCAAGGAUCUCAUCAGUCCGAGAGCUUACAGAGGGUACCCGCCCAUGGAGCAGAUGUUCUCCUUCUCCCAGCCAUCUGUCAAUGAGGAUGCCGUGGUGAAUGCCCAGUUUGCAAGCCAAGGGGCCAGGGCAGGCUUCUUGCGAAGAGCCGACUCCCUGGUGAGCGCCACAGAAAUGGCCAUGUUUAGAAGGGUCAGUGAACCGCACGAGCUGCCUCCGAGCGAUCGGUACGGCAGACCUCCGUAUAGGGGCGGUCUGGAUCGCCAAAGCAGCGUUUCAGUGACUGAGUCCCAGUUCCUGAAAAGGAAUGGCAGGUAUGAAGACGAACACCCUUCAUAUCAAGAAGUGAAAGCUCAGGCGGGAAGUUUUCCGGUUAAAAACCUUACCCAGAGGAGGCCAUUGUCUGCAAGAAGCUACAGUACAGAGAGUUACGGUGCCUCCCAAACCAGACCAGUUUCAGCUAGGCCUACUAUGGCAGCUCUUUUGGAAAAAAUACCAUCUGACUAUAACUUGGGUAACUAUGGUGACAAGCCAUCAGAUAACAGUGAUAUAAAGACGAGGCCCACUCCUGUGAAGGGAGAGGAGAGCUGUGGUAAAAUGCCGGCAGACUGGAGACAACAGCUGCUUAGACAUAUAGAAGCUAGAAGGUUAGACAGGAACGCUGCUUACAAACACAACACAGUUAACCUUGGCAUGCUGCCCUAUGGAGGUAUUUCAGCAAUGCAUGCAGGCAGAAGCAUGACUUUAAACUUGCAGACUAAGUCUAAAUUUGAUCUACAAGAACUACCUCUUCAGAAAACCCCGUCCCAGCAAAGCAACAUUUUAGACAAUGGACAAGAAGAUGUAUCUCCUAGUGGCCAAUGGAAUCCUUAUCCUCUUGGGAGGCGGGAUGUACCUCCGGACACCAUUACUAAAAAGGCAGGCAGCCAUAUCCAGACCUUGAUGGGGUCCCAAAGCCUUCAGCAUCGUAGCCGGGAGCAGCAGCCAUAUGAGGGAAAUAUAAACAAAGUGACCAUCCAGCAGUUCCAGUCACCAUUGCCUAUUCAGAUCCCCUCUUCACAGGCCACCCGGGGACCUCAGCCUGGACGGUGCUUAAUUCAAACUAAAGGGCAAAGGAGUAUGGAUGGCUAUCCAGAGCAGUUUUGUGUGCGAAUAGAAAAGAAUCCUGGCCUUGGAUUUAGCAUCAGUGGUGGAAUUAGCGGACAAGGAAAUCCAUUUAAACCUUCUGACAAGGGUAUCUUUGUUACUAGGGUUCAGCCUGAUGGACCAGCAUCCAACCUGCUGCAGCCAGGCGAUAAGAUCCUUCAGGCAAAUGGACAUAGUUUUGUACAUAUGGAACAUGAAAAAGCUGUAUUACUACUGAAGAGUUUCCAGAACACAGUAGACCUAGUUAUUCAACGUGAGCUUACUGUCUGA